GAAAAAGAAUUGCACGCCACUGUGUCUGAAUAUAGCCUCUACUUGUAGAUAAUUCCAUCUGAUUUGCACUUUUGCCUUUUUAUUUCCGUUUUUGGACACCUCCUUUAUCAUCCAGCUAACUGGGAUAGACAAAGCAUUGUUGGUGCCCUGAGCGACAGAACUCUGGUAGGGGGCUGGCUGUAAAUUGACGUGGCAUGGAAAUUCUCCGCUAAGUUGUAGCAGCUUGCAUGUUUCUCCUAAGAUCAAGCUCAGCCUCCCGGAGCUGUAGCUUAAUCAUCAUGGGUUCAACGACUUUACAGAAAAAUGGAUAGAAAAAGUCUUCAGCUCCUUUCUUUGGACUCAAAUGUUUUCUUUUUGAGUAUCUAUGGUUUAGCUGAAAAAAUCAAAGCAGUUAAGUCUGUAACUUUCUUUUUGCAGCUUAAACAACAGAAUUUGCUGGUCUCCCUCCCCUAUCCUGCAAUUUAAUUCCUUACAGAUUUUGCCAUGGGGUGCGGACUUAGAAAGCUAGAAGACCCUGAUGAUAGCAGCCCUGGAAAAAUAUUUUCUACCCUGAAGAGACCGCAAGUGGAAACAAAGACAGAAUUUGCUUACGAAUAUGUAUUGCUGGAUUUUACUUUACAAGCUUCGCCAAACCCAGAAGUAAUCAAGAUAAAUUCAAUUCUGGAUAUAGUAACAAAAGUGGAAGACUAUUAUCUUAAAGGAUAUAUUGUUGGGGCUAUUCAUCCUGUUAUACAACCUGUUGGGCAGCAAAAACACCUGCCUGCAAGUUACCUGUACAGGGUGGUGCUAUCGCGUUUGAAAUUAAGCACGAAGCAUUCGACAGCACCCAGUGGACAAAGACGCCCAAGGCUUGUGAUUGAGGAAUGUCCUCUAACUUUUGAGACACAAACAAAUGACGUAGCAAAAGAACUGAUAGAAAAGCACUGUCCACCACUUAAAUUCUGCAAUGGAACCAACCAUGAUGGAGAUACAGAAUCAGCACUACAUGUGAGACACAGUUCAGAGGAAAACUGUAAAAUUUGGAACGAAGGAACAUUAAGUGGGCAAUCAUCUGAAAGUGGAAUUGAGGAAGAGCUACAUCAUGAAAGUGGACAGUGUCAAAUGGAACGAGAUGGCAGCCCCAGUUUCUCUAAAUCAAGAAAGGGAGAAGAUAACAAGUUGUAUACAGUCUUCAAUGAUUUUGAGGAUGAAUCAACCUGCUGGACCUAUCAGGAAGGCAUCCUGUCAAUGAAAGUAACAAGAAAAGGCUCUGUCGUUAGUACACUUGAUGCCGAUUGGCUGGAGUUAACUACAUUUUAUUAUAAACAAGGCUUGUCUUUAAUCGAUUCUUUUGUAUGCUGGGAAACAUCUAAAGGGGACCAUUUGCCGAAAUCUUUGGAAGGAUUCUUUGUCUAUGAAGAAGAAGGCUCUGGAGUUCCAGGAUUCAGCAGGAAAGGAAAUGAUGCCAUCGUAGUAGAACAAUGGACAGUUAUUGAGGGCUGUGAAAUCAAAACGGAUUAUGGCCCUCUGCUGCACACCCUGGCUGAGUUUGGAUGGCUCCUGACAAGCGUGUUGCCCACACCUAUACUGAGACAUGACAGUGAAGGGAAUUUGGCUACAAAGCAGGUUGUGUUCCUUCAGAGACCAGUUAUGUGGAAUUCAGCCACUCAAACACCGGAAAGGAAAGGCAGCCGGCACGUGAAAGGUGAAGACAGGAGCAAAGUCACAAGCAGGAGCAUCGGAUCGGACACGGCCCUGUCACACCCGGCUGAGAGCAGGAGUCCGCCCGAGGCACGCCCCCACGCCCCUUCUAGAGAAUGCUGGACGAAGGAGAAGAGGCCGGCCCAGCACCGCAGCUUCGCCGGGUUCAGCAACAGUGACAGUGUCCUGCGGGACACAGAUGACGGACCGCUUGACCAGGAAGAUGGAGUAACUCAGGUCACUUGUAUGUGAGCAAAGAAGGAAAGGAACAGAGGCCUUGUAAAUAGUUAUUAAAAUAAUUGCCAAGUUACUUUAUUGUAUUGCUUUAUCUGCAUUUAUGGAAUACUUUGAAUUUUUCCAGACUCAGGCUUUCCUCUAAUCUACGUAAACUUUGGCUCAACCUUCCAGGCAAGGAAGAAUAACCAACAUAUUUGUAAAUGUAGAAUCAUGUUUACAGUUUUCUCAACUAAAACAUCUGUUUAAACAGAUGUCUUAUGAGGUUAUUAACCGAUAAUGUACUUCAGUGUCUCAUGAAUGCAUAAGGUAUACUUUUCUUACAAUUCCUGGUAAGACAACUAAAUAUCUCAACCAGUAUUUUCACUUAAUUAGAAAAUUCUCAGGAAGUUAGAGCUUUACUUAAGCUGAAAAUUCUCCCGCGCGCUCUCUCUCUCUCUGUCACACACACACACACACACACACACACACACACACACACACGGCUAAUUAAUAAAGUACCUAUUUCCUGAAUAUAACAAUUAAUCUAAAUUUUGUCUUUAACUAUGGCAGGUAUGUAUGUACAAAGCAAACCCUUAUUUGUUAAAAUAUUCUUUGAAAAAAAAUCCUUUUCGUAUGUCUUUGGUUUUAAAGGGUCACCAUGUUACCAACCUCGUACUGAUUCAUUGAGCUUAAACUUUCUUUUGUCUAAUAGCCUAGAAACACAGCGAAGCAGCAUCCCUUAAAAUUCAAUAUGAGAAGAACCCACAACCUCAAUAUUUAAAAACCGUAGUAGACAGAAUUAAUUUUCUUUCUUUUAAAUUGUAAAUAGUCUGAAAAGGGAAACAUCAACUUUAAAUGGAAACUGAAGUCUUUUAUCGGCCUAGAUAUGAAUUACGCUUUUAUUUUGAUUGCUAAAGCAUGAAGAAUGUGGAAACCCAGAAUUUUCAGUCCUGCAGGAGUAAAAAGGUGCUCAUAGCACAUGCAAUGUGUACAGUGACUUAUCUGUUCCAUCUCUGCUUUUCUUGCUCUGCUAGUAGGGAUGCCUUUGCCUUGCCCAGCCUUUAACAGGUAAAGAUUAAAAUUUUACAAAAUAGAGGAUUUUCAUUUAUCUGCAAAAGACUUACUUUGAAAUGUGGUUUAUUUCAAAUGAAUUACAACUGUGCCAUUGAUGAGUUCAGCCUAUUAUA